GUCUGAUUCAUGGUGGAACUUUUGAGCUUGUUUCUUUGUUUCCAUUACGCCAGCGUGCACUGCGUCAGAGCGCUUACUUUUUCCUUCUACUUCCUGGAUUCUCUGAAGCGGCAGUUUGGGUUUAACGUUGAGGUCCUUUGAAAGAGAUGGUGCUUAAAGAGAUCCCCACCGAGAAUUUUACACGACCCUUGGGUCGCAAUGAAGUUAUUGGUUUACUUUUUAGGUUGACGAUAUUUGGCGCUGUAACCUAUUUUACCAUCAAAUGGAUGGUAGAUGCUAUUGAUCCCACAAGGAAGCAAAAAAUGGAAGCACAGAAGCAGGCAGAAAAGCUUAUGAAACAAAUUGGUGUGAAGAAUGUUAAGCUCUCAGAAUAUGAGAUGAGCAUUGCAGCCCAUUUGGUAGACCCUCUGAAUAUGCAGAUCACUUGGAGUGACAUUGCUGGUCUGGAUGAUGUCAUUACUGAACUGAAAGAUACAGUUAUACUUCCCAUCCGGAAGAGGCAUUUGUUUGAAGGCUCAAGACUGCUGCAGCCCCCAAAAGGUGUGCUCCUGUAUGGCCCCCCAGGCUGUGGUAAAACCCUGAUUGCCAAAGCUACAGCCAAAGAAGCAGGCUUUCGCUUCAUUAACCUGCAGCCCUCCACCCUGACUGACAAGUGGUACGGAGAAUCUCAGAAACUCGCCGCAGCUGUGUUCUCACUGGCGAUAAAACUGCAGCCUUCCAUCAUCUUCAUCGAUGAAAUUGAUUCUUUCUUGAGGAGCCGCUCUAGUUCUGAUCAUGAAGCCACUGCUAUGAUGAAAGCGCAGUUCAUGAGUCUGUGGGAUGGCCUGGAUACAGAUUACAACUGCCAGGUUAUAGUUAUGGGAGCUACAAACCGUCCUCAGGAUUUGGAUUCUGCCAUUCUAAGGAGGAUGCCAACGAGGUUCCAUAUCAAUCAGCCUAACCACAGGCAACGUGAGGAAAUUCUCAAACUCAUUUUAGAAAAUGAAAAUGUGGACACCCUUGUGGACCUGCGUGAAGUUGCUAAGGAUACAGAUGGAUUCUCGGGAAGUGACCUGAGAGAGAUGUGCAGGGAUUCUGCUCUGCUGUGUGUCAGAGACUACGUCCGUAACAACACCCAUGAAAGCAGUGUGGAAGAAGAUUUUGUCAGACCCAUUGCGCAAGGUGAUCUUCGAAAGGCAAUAGAAAAGAUGAAGAAAUCAAAAACUGCAGGCGUUCAGGGUGUUCUGAUGCAUUCUGCCUUGGACUGAGCAGAACACCCAGCAAAAUGUUAUUCCUUGAUCAGCAGCCAAUGUACAGUUAUUUAAAUUAAAUGGUUUUUUUUUUAAGAUGCUAAUGAAAAUAGCGGAGUACAAGCUUAAUCAAUUUCUGCACUGAGAGCGGGGUAUAUUCUUCCUGAAGAUUUCGCUGUACAUAUUUCUGAGUAGUAAGUUUCAAUAAAAGAAAGAGUUCCUAGAAUACACUGACUUAUAGGUAGACAUUUAGGCCAACAUAGCACCAAAUUGUAAUGUGCUCCAAGUCAAAUAUCUUAAAACAACUUUUACGAAUUCACUGGAACUGCGAACGCUUCAGUUAAUCAUGUAACUGAAACAAUGAAAGGAAGUGCCCUCAAAUCUAGUUUUAAAUACAAUAAUGCUCAGAUACAGUGCACUGUAUAUUUCGCUAAAUUAAGUUUGCGUAAGUAAAUUGGUAGAAAAUGUGGGUUUUUUGUUUCAAAAUUGUUUAGUGUGAAAAUUUUUUUUUUUUUAGCUAAAACUAUAGAAACUCAAGUCCAAGUUGGAAAAUAUUUGGGUUAAUGUCUGCAUAUAUGUAGUCAGACUGAAGGCAGAAGACAAAACGUUUGCUGUAGCUUUCUCAGAAUGUAUGAUCGAGCAUUUAAAGUUAAAAUAAAUUAGCAGUGUUCUUGCCAUUUCUAGAUAUGAUCAUGUAGUCUCUAUUUACAACAAGCCAGGUGGAUUCUAGAAGGAGAGUCUAAGAUGACUUCAACACACUCCCCUAAGCCUUAUAACCUGACCAUUUCCUGUACAGAACAUUCAUGUUUUUUAUUAGAUUUGCCUUGGUGUGAUAUCAAAAACUUGUACUCUGUGAGUUUCACUAUGAGGGACUCCCCACAAUACUGUCGGCCAGACAAGGAUGUUAGCUCAGUUGAGUUUUUGAAUUGUCACCGUUGGUGAUCACAUAAGUUGGUCAAGUUCAUGUUUUUUCAUGUCUUUGACUUCUAGUCCAAAUGUUUGUUAUUGAAUCUAUUAAGUGUCUUGGCAUUUCUAAAUUUAGCACUAUUGAAUAUUUAAUAGUUAUGGAUAUGGAUUAACACUCAAGUGUUCCCCAAUGUUGCGCUUGGGCUUAGGUUUAGAAAAAGAGGCUGUGUAGGUUCUAAAUAUGGUUAAACUUGGCCAUCUUUAAAUAGUUUUUACAGCAUAGAGUACUGAUGAACUAAACAAAACUGCUAAACAUAAAGAAAUAUGCACUUAGUUUGCACUAAAGAGUGUAAAGGUGUUUUACAGAAAUUCUUGCAAGAUUGGUGGUGUAGUACUUGCUAUAGUUCUAGGGUACUUUUGAAUGAAAUGCAGUAUGAUCUAUUAUAUACUGUAUUAUAAGAGAAUUACUGCUGGAAAAGAAGUAUUUGUGUUUUCUAAUUUGCUUUGCUUUGUGGUAUUACUGAAUUUAGAGCAGUGUAACUGUUGUAAAACUUGAAUCACCCUAAUAAUUCAUCACAACACCAUAUUGACUCUCAUUUCAACAUGGGAUGUAUUUCAGUUCUUCAGGGGUACAUGGGGAAUGUAUAUAAAAUGUAAAAAAAUAAAGAACUGUAAGUUCAUUGCAAAUUUAAGCAGAUUUUAAUGGAUACAUAAGUUAAUAUUUUUUAUUUUCAGUCUGUAUUAUACUGCUGUGAUAGUAAUAAAACACAAGUUAAACCUC